AUGGGGGGUGGUGAGCAGUGCCUGGUGAGCCCUGUGGCAUUGGUGCAUGUGUGUGUGGAGUGCCAUUGUGUAGUUAUAAGUAUUCAUAUGAUUUUUGAGAGGGGGUCAUGUUGCUUGUGUGGCCGGUGUGAAUGUGACCGGGGGCUUGGUAGGGAUGACUGGGGGCUUGGCAGGGGUGAUGGGGGGCUUGGCAAGGGUGGCAGGGGGGGGCGAGGUUCAGCCAAUACCCCCCGGCGGCCAGACUGUCUUAACAACAUUUUGGGAGUCUUACUGAGGUUUCGGCAAGACUUUGUGGGUUUGAUUGGUGACAUCAAGAAGAUGUACAAUUCUGUGGAUAUUUCUCUUUUUGAUCAAAACUGUCAUAGAUUCCUUUGGAGAGAGAUGGAUGCAGACCGCGUACCUGAUCAUUACGCUUUGACUACAGUUACCUUUGGGGAUAGACCGGGUGGAGCAAUUGCCAUGAUAGCUCUCAGGAAAACUUCAGAAAUGUCCAAUCAGUGCCCAAAAGCCAAGAAGUUGAUAGAAUACUCGAAAGAGGAGAAGGUUUUAGGUUUAAGUUGGGACCCUCAAGAGGACCUGUUCAUGUUUAAAGUUCAACUGAACUUCUCAAGGAAAAUGAAGAACUGUUUUCAAGGUCCUUAUUUGACUGUUGGAGAUAUAGAAAAGGAAUUGCCCGCAGUGCUAUCGCGGAGGAUGAUUCUGAGGCAAGCAGCAAGUAUAUAUGAUCCGUUGGGAAUGGUGACUCCUUUUACACUGAAAAUGAAACUGCUCAUGAGGGAGUUAGUGGUGGAUAUGAGUGCUGAUGGCAAAAAACUUGGCUGGGAUGAAGCCGUUGAUGAAGAAUUCUAUCGGAAAUGGAAAUUGUUAUUCAAGGAAAUGUUUGAAAUGGAACAUAUUUCUUUUAAAAGGUGUUUAAAGCCUAAGGAUGCUGUGGGUGAUCCUGAUUUGGUAGUUUUCUCUGAUGGAAGCAUGAAGGCAUUUGGGGCAGUGGCAUAUGUGAGAUGGCAUUUAAUGGAUGGAUCUAUUGAAUGUACAUUGGUUGCAUCAAAGAGUAAAUUAGCCCCUCUUCGGAAGGUUACUGUACCACGAUUAGAGUUGUGUGGGGCAUUGUUGUCCUGUAGAUUAAGACAAUUCAUAGAAGAAGAGAUGGAAUGGUCAUUUGAUACUGUUGUUCAUAUAACUGAUUCAGAGAUAGUAAGAGGACAGAUCCAAAAGGAAUCUUUUAGAUUUAACACCUAUGUAGGAAAUAGAAUAGCAGAAAUACAAGAGAAAAGUCAACCUAGUGAGGAGGAUUGGCCCAUCUGACAGUCAGCAUUGUAGUGUUGAAAUAACAGAUGAACUUUAUUAUGUCAGAGAGGGAAGGAGUUUAUGUACUACAGCUGAAGUGAAUGUAGCUCCACAUGCUAUUGACAUUGACAGGUUCAGUGAUUAUGAUAAACUUAUAAAUGUAACUGCAAGAGUUUUGAAUGUGUCACAAUCAAGAUCACUGUUUGAGUUAUCCAGGGAGCCAAAUGCACAAGAAUUACUGAAGGCAGAAAUGUUUUUGAUCACACAGGUGCAAAGGAAUAUAGAUGAAAAUUGGCAAACAAGGUAUCAAAGACUGGGUCCUAGUCAGAAUGACAAAGGGGUAAUAGUUGUUGGAGCAAGGAUAAGCAAAUGGCUUAAAACUAACUGGAAUCAAGAAGAAUAUGUAUUGCUAUUGCCUGAACAUCCAUUCACUAAGUUAUUGAUAUUACACUUGCAUAAUCAAGAUCAUUCAGGAAUAGAA